AUGGCUGAUCAACUGAAUGAAGAACAAAUUGCUGAAUUUAAAGAAGCUUUCAGUUUAUUUGAUAAAGACGGAGAUGGCACCGUAACUACCAAAGAAUUGGGAACUGUUAUGAGAUCUCUGGGACAAAAUCCAACAGAAGCAGAACUACAAGACAUGAUUAACGAAGUUGAUGCUGACGGUAAUGGAACGAUCGACUUUCCUGAAUUUUUGACCAUGAUGGCUUCCAAAAUGAAAGACACAGACAGUGAAGAAGAAAUUCGCGAAGCUUUUCGUGUUUUUGAUAAAGAUGGAAAUGGAUUUAUCAGUGCUGCUGAAUUACGACAUGUUAUGACAAAUCUUGGUGAAAAAUUAACAGACGAGGAAGUAGAUGAAAUGAUUAGAGAGGCUGAUAUUGAUGGUGAUGGACAAGUCAAUUAUGAAGAAUUUAAAGAAGCUUUCAGUUUAUUUGAUAAAGACGGGGAUGGCACCGUAACAACCAAAGAAUUGGGAACUGUUAUGAGAUCUCUGGGACAAAAUCCAACAGAAGCAGAACUACAAGACAUGAUUAACGAAGUUGAUGCUGACGGUAAUGGAACGAUCGACUUCCCUGAAUUUUUGACCAUGAUGGCUUCCAAGAUGAAAGACACGGACAGUGAAGAAGAAAUUCGUGAAGCUUUUCGUGUUUUUGAUAAAGAUGGAAAUGGAUUUAUCAGUGCUGCUGAAUUACGACAUGUUAUGACAAAUCUUGGUGAAAAAUUAACAGACGAGGAAGUAGAUGAAAUGAUUAGAGAGGCUGAUAUUGAUGGUGAUGGACAAGUCAAUUAUGAAGAAUUUGGAAAAAUGAUGACCAACAGAUAAACA